AUGGUUGAAACCAGAGGCAAACAUGGUCGAACAGUUGCCAUUAUCUUAACGCCAGAAAUAACAAAUGGGAUCAACCUUCUAAAUUCUUUGCGAUCCACGGUUGGAAUCCAUGAAGAGAACCCAUAUGCCUUCGCACGGGUAAACCGAGACUCCCUCGGACAUCUGAGAGGGUGGGACUGUCUGAGAUACUGUGCUACAAAAUGCAGUCCCAAACUGCAGAAUCCCGAUGCUAUUACCAGUACCAGACUGCGAAAAUAUAUCGCAACCAUUACGCAGGUUCUUUCCCUGGAGGAAAAAGAAUUAGACUGGCUGGCACGACACCUGGGGCAUGAUAUCCGAACACAUCGGGAAUACUAUCGGCUCCACGAGUCAACGAUCGAGAUUGCUAAAAUCAGCAAGCUUCUGUUAGCUGUGGAUUGCGGAAAGGCUGGUUCGUUGAAAGGCAAGUCCCUAGACGAAAUAACAAUAGACGGUGAGUUAUGA